AUGGCUUCGAGAAUAGGCGCUCAAGUUUCCAGUGUAGUUUUGGGUGUCUUAUUUAUUGCGUCUGGUUCAUUCAAAACUAUAAGGUUUAAUUCCUCUCUUUAUCGAGAACUGUUAAAAGCCUUUAAAAUCUUCUCUGACGUAUCUCCCAUUCGUGUUCUUGGAUUCAAACCAAAUCCUCAAAUUUAUAUGCAAACUUCCGGCGUUUUAGAACUUAUAUUUGGCACGGCUCUUGCUGCAGGAACCAUUCGAUCUCAAAAUAUUUCAUGUAUGGGUUUAAUGUGCAUGAUGUUCCUUACAUCUUAUUGUCAUAUAGUUCUUGGAGAUGUCAGUAGUGCUGCUGUGCCUAUAGGCUAUUUAUUCCUUAUUUAUUGGCUGCGAUCAUCUUUGAAAAAAUCUCAGGAAGAAAGAUAUCAAUCGUGA